UCCGUUCAUCCAUACUCGCGGUGAUCUUCGAGUGAAUCAUGGAUUAUUCGUACUUGAAUCAGGCGGCUGCCGCUGCGGCCGCCGGUUUCGAGGCUUCUAGCUGUGCUCUAGCCGCCAGUGAGAUGCAAUGUGGAUACGGGGACUUGAGUUCGUGCUCGCAAAUGAGCCAGGCCGCCUAUCGGUACACGGCUGCGAGAGCUGCUGGUUAUCCGGGCAACGCGGGAACUACGGGUACAGGAAGCACCACGCCGCUGGGGGCCCAUCACACCACCCACUCUCAUGCCCACGCGCACCACGGGGCCCAUACAACCCCCUGCUCGGUAAUGGCCGCCAGAUCUCAAGAGGUUCACCGGCACGCCGCUUCCAUCUUUCCCUCGGCCAUUAAUUUGCAGAGUGGAUUAGGAUAUAAGGCCUAUUCGGGACACGAUGGCUUGGCGGAGAAGAGGAAACAACGUCGGAUACGAACGACUUUUACAUCGGCUCAGCUUAAAGAAUUGGAGCGUGCCUUCCAGGAGACUCAUUAUCCAGAUAUCUACACCAGAGAGGAAAUCGCUAUGAAGAUAGAUCUAACGGAAGCUAGAGUCCAGGUAGGUGAUUUUUAAUCAUA